GGAUUACGUGAGCAUCUCUGGCUCAGAUUGAGAGUAAAGCCUCAGCUCUGCAUCUCUCUGCAGGAAUGAGCGCGGCCGUGGUGCACAGAGGAUUCCUCAGGAAAUACGGCGGUUUCAUGUUCAAACAAUGGAAGGAGAAGUACCUGGUGCUGACGGUGGAGGGGAACCUGAUGGUGUGUCGAGACGCAGACUCACCUCCGGACCAGGUGGUGGCGCUGCAGAGUAACUGUGAGUCUAUAGUGGAAGGGAAAGAGAUCUUGGACCUGCCCCGUUUACCCUCCGGAGGCCGCAGAGACAGCUGCUUCGCUCUCAUCCUGCCCCAGGACAAGUUCCUUCUGCUGCUGUCGGACGGCCCUGAUGAGUGCAUUCAAUGGCUGAAGUUACUCAGAAAGGUGAAAGAGGGUGUGACCUCCCCACUCGCCCUGAAGAGACAGCAGAGCAUCACUCCCUGCAUCACGGACAGAGAGCCGCUUCCAGACGUGUCCAGUGAUAAAGACCCCUCGUCCCCGAGGGUCCGCUCCAGAGAAAACUCCUUCAGACACAGAGGCAGUGUGACCCAGCGGGCCCCACGCAGCCCCACGGCCCCGGCCCCGCUGCGCUCCGCAGACUGUCUGAGGCACGGGAACAGCAGCGACGCGAGGGCCGUGAGGGCCGUCUGUCUGCUGAUGGGUGGAGCGGCCGCCUCCUCGGCUUUGGGAUACCUCAGCUCCUGUCCACCCGCCUCGGCCAGCAGCGUCCACCCUCCGGAGCUCAGCCACUCCACGGCCUUCUCUGAGAUGAGCGGCGGGAGCUCGUAUCACGCCUGCAGCCAGGCCAUCGAGUCGCCACACUUCAACAGCUUCGACUUCGAGGGAGACUCCGACUUCGACGCCUUCGACUGCGGAGGCUUCGCCUUUUAACGGAACAGGCUUAUCUUAUUCACAGGGUUCCCACGUUCAGAAAUGAAUAAACUUUUUAAAGGGUCGUGAACAUUCCUGCAGUAAAUAUGUCUACAGGAUAGUUCUUUCUUUGUCAAGCGUAGUAGAGCGAGCCAUACACCUUCAUGAUGAAUGCUGCAUACAAAGUUGUUUGUUAAUCUCUUUUCAGCAGAAGACAAAAAUAAUUUGAUUUAGAAAAUAUGUAAAGAUGCAAAUGGAUAUAUUGGAAAAUGAAGCCUAUUAUUUCAUGCAUUGAGAUAUUAUGUCCCAGAAAUCUCCUUGAAAAGUUCUGUGCCCCUUUUAACUUGUAUGUUGUGGCUAUUGUAUGUUUCAGAUAUAAUAUACAUUAAAUUGCAUAUUAUUGCUUUAAACUUUGUUAUAAUAAUGUCCCUUAGAACUCCUAGUCCAUUUUUAUUUUUUGUUUAUCUAAUUCAAAUAUAAAGGUUAAAAAGUUUUA